AUGUCGUUUGGCAGGCCUCCGGGCUUCACUACCUUCAGCGUCACGCCGCCGGAUCGUGGAUCCUUCCCACUCGACCAUGAGGGGGAAUGCACAUCGGUCAUGCGAGAGUAUAUGACCUGUCUCAAGCAGAACAAGCAGGACAACGGAAAGUGUCGCCAUCUCAGCAGGAGGUACCUCGAGUGCAGAAUGGAAAAAGGUCUGAUGGAGAGAGAUGAGAUGAGCAAUCUAGGCUUCCAUGGUGAUGAAGAGUUGAGGCAACAGAGCUCUGGAGGUAGCGCG